AACUACAAUACCCAUGAUGCCCCGCUGUCGCCAGCAACGAGGAAAUGUGAAAGGUGAAACGUCAAAUCUGUUGCCAUGUCUCGGGGUCUAUGUCACUGUGUUUAACUAGCUGUUGGCAUAUUAGCACCCACAUAAGAAGUCAUGGCAGGAACAAUGCAGCAGGUUAAUGAGUCAGUGGUGAUACGGAGCCUCAGAAGGUUCAGAGACAGAUACUUCCCGAAUACUGGUAAAGUUAAAGACGAUUUGACGCCUGUUGAAAACACUGGAGAAGAGAGGCAGCCGGGAUUUCUGGAUAUAUUACCAGUGGACAUACAGUUCCUGAUCAUGACCUUUUUGUCUCCUGCCGAUAUCUGCUGCCUGGGAGCCACCAGUCGCUACUGGAGGGCCAUGGUCAGAGACCCGUUACUGUGGAAGUACUUCCUGCUCAGGGACAUGCCAUACUGGCCCUCCAUCGAUCACGUCAGCAUGCCCCAACUUGAGCUGUUGGAUGCACCAUUAAUCAAUGAAGACGAAAGCCUGGAUGAUAGAGAAGAAGGGGAUGACAAAGGGGUGGAAUCGAAAUGCGACUACAUGUCAGAAUACCUGAAAGGCUGCCCGUCCUGCAGACAGCAGUGGCUUCCUUCACGGCCAGCAUAUGAGGUCGUGACCUCGUUUCUUCAGUCUCUUGUGCUCGCAUCUGAACCACGGUAUGCCAUGUUCGGCCCUGGCAUGGAGCAGCUGGAUGUGUCUUUAGUCACGAGGCUCAUGCAUGCCCCAGAUGUGCUUCCUGUGGCGGGCACUCCGCACAGACAGAUAAAUGGUAUCGGCUCAGGGAUCAGUUACAUGUUCAACAACCAACACAAAUUUAAUAUUCUCACUCUGUAUUCGACCAAUAGGGCAGAGAGGGAAAGAGCCAGGGCGCAGCAGCAGAGCAUCAGUAAUAAACUUUUUACCAUUGAAGGAACAGAUGAGUCAGGCUGUCCGAUCUACAGCCCUGCUCCUCAGGUCCAGCAGGUGUGCCAGGUGGUGGAUGGUUUCAUCUAUGUAGCCAAUGCAGAGCCUGGAAGAGGUGAAGGGGAAUCUGAGGUGGCUCAGAUUCGGGCUGUGCUGAGCUCUGCGGGCGGUUUGGCAUCCAGGCCUCUGCUGGUGCUCUCCUGUGUCUCCAGAGAAGAACCAGAAGAGGUCACAACAACCAGGCUGCAAACUGUUAGCAGCAGAAUUAGAGCCAGGUGUCGAACUCCCUGUGUCUACAUGGCAAAGAGACUUGGCCUACCCCAGCUGGCUAACCCCUGGAUGGUGCAGGAUACAGUAGCAGAAUCUCUGUCAGGUCUUCUGGAUGGCAUUUCUUGGUUGCUGAAAUGUUCUGGAGUCAAACUCCACGGCAGCUAGUUAUCUAACUUCUGCCGCUGCUGCCAGAUGAAUGAAAACCGCAGACCUCACUGCUGCGUCAUCCUGACACCAAGACACACUACGGCAUUUCCUGCGUAAUGUAUACCACAUGUGUGCAAUGUCUCACCGUUGGAGCAAAGCCUUUGGGAUUUAAUGACUUGGAUCAGCUGCAGCAUUGAUGGGUUUCUCGCAACAGUUGUGAAUGAAGGAACACGCAGAUAAACAGACUCGGGUGCAGAUGUAGAAAAACAAAAUGAGAAAAGUGGUAAAAGCCACACGUGAAAACAAUCAGUGACUCAAUUUAUUGCCAACUUACUGAUCUUAAAUGCUUUUUAUAUGUAAUGAGUAUAUGCUGCUUUGAUUUAUAUGCCGUAUGAUGACACAUGUUUACAAGUGGUGAGCUGCUAACUAAUCAGGUGUCCCGCUGUGUGGUUUAAAAUGGGAUGGAGACAUAUUUAAAUGUUUUAUUAAGGGAUUAACCUCUGCAAAAGUCAGCUUAUAUAACUUUCAGAUAAAAAAACAACAGCCUCCUGAUCAGAACUUUAAACUGCAAAGAUAUGACUAAACCAGCAACAUUAUAAUACAAGCAAAUGAAUGUAUUAUUUUACUUUUAUGCUCUGGCAGUUAAGAAAUGCUGCCUUUUCAGAAGUGCUGGAUGGUCCUCUGAUUUCAAACGCUGACAUCUUUUAUUUGCUGCUCAAUGACUUUGUUCUACAAGUGGUUUCAGAGCGACAGGUUUUUCUUGUGUUGGAUGAGUCACACUCUCAGGCUCGAAGAACACUGACGACUCACUACUAAAUGUCUGUUAAAUUACCAGCAAAUCACUGUUAAGUAAUCACGUAAAAACGACUCUAUGUAUGUGUGAGUCACGAUUUCUGUCUUCACCUUUUCCUCCUUUCUUCUUCUUCUUUGCAUCGCACGCACAUACGCACAAGUUUAAAAUCUUGCGAGCAGCGGAUGGUAUUUCCUUUACCUUCCGUUCCUUUCCUCUGAGGUCGAUCCUGGCAUGAAAAGCUGAAUCCACAUCUGUAUGACAUGACGGCAAGCAUGGAAGAACAGCCUGCUUCGACAACCAGGGAGCGCUGCCAGUAGCUGUGUGAGUUAGUGCUUGGCUGCAGAGAGCUCUGCCUUUGAUUUUUUUAUUUUAUUUGAUUUUAUAUAUUCAACUAGGAAGUUACAUUUAGGUUAAAACCUCUUUAACAAGGGAGACCUAGCUCAGACAGGGUCAAACAUGCAGCAGGACAAGAACAUCAAAUCACAGUAGCAACAGUAGGUACAGCAAAAAAUGCAUUACAUAAUACGGUGCAUUCGAAACAUAGCAACAUUUAAUCAUGUGUUUGAUGGUUAACAGCAGCACCUGUAUCUAGCAGUGACCACUUUUACACUGUGAAGAAGCUGAAUAGGAAAAUCCUGACACAUAAGAAUAUAUUUAAUCCACAGCAACCUUCUGGAAGCCAAGUAUAUAGACGCAGUUUUCAAAUCAUCCCAGCAGGAGUACAGGUUUUAUUUAAAGCUGCCUACUGUAGAUAAUUCAGGACCUAAGCUGACCUGUCUGUCAGGCAGGCAUGAAAAAUCAAAAAUACCUUCUGUAAUAUAAUAAUGGAGGUACAACCCCACACGCAAACACUCCCGGUUAGUUGUGGCUUCAUUUCUGCGUUUGCUUGUGAUGAUUUUCUAAAACAGAAUUCCAGUGCAAUUACAGCACUUAAAUGAUCCCAUAUCUCCCUUUAAUGUGUUUAAGUUGUGUUUAUCCACUGAAAAUGACCACCUGUUUCAUAUUCAGUGUCCCCGGCAGCAGUGUUCACAUGCUACUAAUGGCAGGAUGUGGGGCCUGACAAGAUAAUGUGCCUCGCUGCUGCUCUUUUGUUCUGCUCCCCUAGGUAACCUCAAGUCUUUGGUAAAAGUAUGUUCCACUCCCCCCCACCCCCACCCCCCACAGUAGUCCUUCCAUCAAAAGGCUCUUUUGUCUCAACAAUCAUUUUCAUAGACAUACAGAUUUAGAAUAGGACCAUGAUUGGUGCAAUUAAGGUGCAUUAAGCUGAGCUGAAUACUGGUGAAGCGGAGAUUGAUUCUUUUUUUUUCCCCAUUGAAAUUUACAGGGAAAUGAUGGAGGAGCUGGCUGCGGUGUGUGUGUGUGUGUGUGUGUGUGUGUGUGUGUGUGUGUGUGUGUGUGUGUGUGUGUGUGUGUGUGUGUUUGAGAGAGAGAGAAUCUGACUUUUAUCUCUGCUCAUCUCUGCUCUCUGUAAACAGGAUGUCUAUCUCUUCGGUCAUCAGUCCACAGUUAUUUACCUAUACUGUAAGUUUGUGUGUAUAUGUGCAUGCAUGCUCAUGUUCACACGGUUGACCAUAUUAGAAAAAAAUAGCAUGUAAACCAUGGGAACCUGUUUUUAGGGCAGAUAUGCAGGGAAUACUGCUUAAUCCUUUGUUAUUACUCUAUGAUCCUGCCGGAGCCAAAAAGAUUUGCUGAACAAGGAUUGCUGCCUCUGUCAGCGUGUAUGAAUAUGUACGAUGUUUGAAUGAAUGAAUGAAAUGAAUGAAGAUGAGCUGCUUUAAUGUGAAUGCAGACUAAAGAAAAAUAAACAGCAAUAAAGUUAUUGAGAGUUCG